UUCAAUGGAACGAUUUGAUGAGUUAUUCUCUCUAUAUCACUCCUUCCCUCUGUGUGAUAACCCUCAUAUCCUUGGAAAACGCAAUCGCGAUCCACCUUCUUCCCAAAUCCGCCUCCAUACUCGUAAAUUCGAUGGCAACGAUCCCCCUGGCCUCUACAACAUCGACGAAUACUUCGAAUUCUACGCCACUCCUCCCGACGAGCGAAUGCGAUUAAUGGGUCUACUCAUGGAAGGCGAAGCUUCAAAGUGGUUCCGGUGGAUGCGGAACACCGUCCUUCUGCCGGUGGUUGCUUCAGUCUCAGUCGCUGCCUCUACGCCGCCGCCGCCAUGGAUCGAACUGCCUAGCGAUGUAACGGCCAAUAUACUGCAGAGGCUGGGGGCGGAGGGGAUUCUGACAAGUGCACAGCAAGUAUGUACGGCAUGGUGGAAGGUUUCCAAGGAUCCCUCCUUGUGGCGAGUAAUCGAUUUCUCCAACCCUAGGCAGGGGCUUUUCAAUGACCGCUACGAUGCUAUGUGCCGCCGCGCGGUGUAUCGUAGUCAAGGACAAUUGGUCGACCUCACCAUCCAGUACUUCGGCGACGAUGCACUCAUGGACUACAUCGCCGAUCGAUCACCGAACCUCAAACGCCUUAAACUUGGAACUUGCUUUUUCAUAUCAGGAGAUUGUGCAGUUAGAAUAGUUGCAAAACUUCUUCAACUGGAAGAAUUGCACUUUACUAUUAGGCCCGGGCUUGGUGCUGCACACAUUGAACGUAUUGGCAAUUCUUGUCCAACGUUAAAAUCAUUCUCAUUCAAUGGAUUUCAGUCCAAGCUGCAGAGAUGUGAACAUAAUAGUAUAAAUGAUCGACUCUUUCGGAAUUUGCAUGUUGGUGCAAUCAGCAGAAGCAUGCCUAAUCUGCAACAUCUUCAAGUUUUUGCACAUUGGAUGGGGAAUAAAGGACUUGAACUCAUUCUUGAUGGUUGUCCACGUCUUGAAUCACUUGACAUCAGGCGAUGUUUUGAUCUGGAUCUUCAUGGGGAUUUGGGAAAAAGAUGCCGCCAACAAAUAAAAUAUCUUAAACUCCCUACUGACUCUGUCAGUGAUGUACCGUGGCCUAAUUGCGACAGUGGCGAUCCGUUUAGUACUUCUGCCUUCUGCUUUGAACAUUACGAGUACGACUUUUAUAAAGAGUGCAUACUCUACUGUCAUAAACAUCAUAUUGAUCCAAUGAGUAUUUUACAACGACUUCAUUAGACGGUAAAGCUAUCUUUCUUCAAUAGAAUUUUAGCUUAUAUAUAUGGACAAUUAACACUCACCAUUUAUUUAGAUUAGUUGCGGUUACUCUACUCUAUUUCUAUUUUCUAUUUUCAGUUUAUCAAUUGGGCUUGUCUUUUACAACUCUUUAUUAUCAAUCGAUCUUUAUAUCUUUAUCUUA